CUUUGUUGAACUAUUUUUUCACUCUGACAGAAAUCACUCACAAUAAUCAUUCCCAGCUGUGCAUCAGUGACUCAUCAAUGUCUAUGAAACUUGGAAAACAUUGUGGAGGCAACACUAAAAGAAGAUGACCAAUUUAUGGAUUGCUGAUGCACUUGAAUCACUGCCUUGGUACCAUCCAGACGCGACACGUAAAUCAACGAUUGCAUUACUAGAAACUUGCAAAGAAGGGAGUUAUGUAUUACGUCCUAGUUCCAAACCCGGAGAACUUGCAUUGUCUGUCAACACAAAAAACAAAGUGAAGCACUAUAACAUUGAUGUGAAGGACAAUACAAUUAUAUUCGGCAAACUGAGAUAUACAACAUUUGAAGAAUUUGUAACAUAUUUGACCUCCAACCCUGUCAUUGCGCAUGGAACAGAAAAUGCAACAGUAAUAUCUCAACCAGUUGAAAGAGAAAACUUCAGUAAACCAUCUGUCCAUGCUCCUAUGAAGCCCAAACCCAGAAAACCGCAAGCCACAAAUCAGUCUACAUCAGUUGAUAAACCAGUUGCUCCCCCAAGAGUACCUCCUAGAGUGCCACCUAUAGCUGGCCCCAAAAACGAAGACUUUGAAAGACUUGAUAUUAAUGAUAAUGAUGAUGAAAGAAUAGAUUCAAUACCACCAUUUUCUCCUCCUGCUCCACCAGACAUCGCGAAACCUUCAACAUUGCCACCUACAGGGAAGAUACAGGGAUUGACAGAAAUAAUAAACCCACCAAGGUCAAGCACACUUCCUGAAAAAACUCAUAAAAUGUUAGCUGCUACAAAAUCGCUCGAGUACAAACAAGGUUUCCUAACAAAGAGGGGAGGUAAUGUCCAGAAUUGGAAAACUCGCUGGUUUACGUUAGAAAAAAAUCGUCUAAAGUACUUCAAAGAAAAGACCGACAAAGAACCUGUGAAAACAUUAGAUCUACAUGAAUGUGAAAACUGCAUGAUGGACUAUACAAUAGAAAAACCUAAUUGUUUCACACUAAUGUUCUCUUGGCGCAAAUUCUUUAUAUACGCAAGCACUGCAGAAGAUGCUGAGGAAUGGGUCGCAGCUAUAAAGGCACAAAUGAACCUUAAUGGUUUAUUCAAUGAAAAUUAAUGUGCUAUAUGACGUGACUGCGAUAUAUUACAACAGCUUAUUGACUUCACGAAAAGUGGAAAAUGAGACCAAGAAAUGUGAUUAUAACUAAAAAUGGCAAUGUGAUAUAUUAUUACAAUGUUGCAAACAGUACAUAAUUAUAUCACCGCCAGAAGUGGUGACAUAUUGUUAUAGUCUCCAACUUAUAUGGAUGGUGUUCGGUGGUUGGUGUUUGGUGGUCAGUGUCUGUAACAAAUAGAAGGUGGUGACAUUUUGCAUGUUAA